UGAUUAUAUAACUUGUAAGAAAUUGGUCUUCGCUUACGCUUUAUUGCUGCUGCCAGUGUCUUCGAUGGUUGUCAUUAUCAAAAUUUAAACUUUAAUCUAUAGUUUCAUCAGCAACUACACUUGCGGCGGUCAUAUUUUGUGACCAACUGAUCUAAAUUCUCUAUCCUUGCAGUGGCUCACUAUAGAGGAAUUUCAAGAGUAUAAAUGACAGGAAUGAGUGACAUGAGUGACACAUUCCACGAUGCACUCGCCAGUCUACGAAAAUUUACGAGAGUGUACGAGAAGGACCGAUAUCUAGCGAAAUUAGCCGAGACUAGUCGAAGUUUAACCGUGCGUGAGUGAAGUGAAUCUUGUCAGAUCCUUUCGAAGAUCGUGAAUAAUUGUGAAUAAAAAACAUUAAACAGGUGUAAUCAAGAAUUAUGUUACGUGCUGAUAUCUGAUAUGAUUCAUACAGAUCGAAUAUCAAGCACCUGUUGGUAUCGCAACUGCACUUGCUGCACUGGUAACUAUCGGUUCAUUUCACAAAUAAUAAUGGCUCAACGAAUUGCAUAUUUAACCAGAAAAGAGCACAUAUCGUCAGCUCAUCGCUUACACAGUCCUCAAUUAAGUGAUGAAGAGAACAAACAGAUAUACGGAAAGUGUAAUAGUUUUCAUGGACACGGACACAAUUACAUAGUUGAAGUUACCCUGAGAGGUCCAGUAGAUCCAGUUACUGGUAUGGUGAUGAAUAUUACGGAUUUGUCCCGUUAUAUGAAGGACGUCAUAAUGGACCGACUGGAUCACAAGAAUUUAGAUAAGGACGUACCAUACUUCAAAGAUGUUGUAUCAACUUCUGAAAAUGUAGCUAUUUACAUUUUCGAUGAAAUAAAAAAGUUACUUCCUACACCCGAAUUAAUGUUCGAAGUCAAACUUUAUGAGACUGAUAAAAAUAUUGUUAUAUACAGAGGUGAAUAAUUUAAUAAAUUAUGUGAAUAUUAAAUUUUUUAUUAAGUGUAUACCACAGAAAAUACUCCAUUUGUUAUUAUUCUCAAGAUAUAGAAAAUAUUUAUUAUUGAAAUUGUAUUUUUUUUUAUUUUGAAUAAAUCUGGGCAAAAUUGAAAU